CCGGCGGGCGCAGUGCCGUGCCGAGCCGGGCCGUGCCGUGCCGUGCCGCUCCAUGCCGGGCCGGGCCGGGCCGGGCCGUGCUGGUCCGUACUGGUCCGUGCCGUGCCUGGCCGUGCCGUGCCUUGCCGUGCCGUGCCUUGCCGCGCCGUGCCGGUCCGUGCCGUGCCGGUCCGUGCCGUGCCGGUCCGUGCCGUGCCAUGCCGUUCUACAAGCGGAGCGUGGUGGCUCGGCGGGGCCGGGCGGUGCCGCUGGCCGAGCUGCGGGACGUCUGCAGCCUGGCGGCGCUCACCCUGCUCCGGCAGCUCGCCGACCUGUGCGGCCACUCGCUCGCCUUGCUCGGGGACAUCGAGGGCCACGUCGCGGCUCUGGGCCGCCGCACCGGGCGGCUGCACCGCCGGGCCUCCCGCCUGCAGGCGCUGCUGCGGGGCCGCCCGCUGCGCGGGGCAGACUCAGCCACCUCUAACCUGGACCUUGAGAGCAAGAAAGCCGCCCACACCAAGCUGUCAUGGCAGCAGCCCGUGAACGUCUUCCUGGCUGCCGGCCGCCCGCCGGGCAUGGAGCAGCUGCACCAGGAGGCUCAGCUCAACCUCCAGAGCUUGCUGCAAGAGGAGUAUGAGGAGCAGUACGAGAGCAGGGUGACCGGGCAGACCUUCCGCGCCACCGGCCACCCGUCCCCCAGCACGCCCCCGGAGCCCUCGCCCCGUCCCCCGCCCUCCAAGCGCCUCGAGUUUGUGCUUAUGCCCCCAAGCCGGCGAGCCAACGACGAGGAGAGCAGCGGUGCCACCGCGCUGGGCGUGAGGCCACCCGACGCCUCCCUGAGCCUCCCCACCACCCCCGACAAGCAGACAGCGUGGCCCAGGGCCUUCCCCCUGCCCACCGUGGAGGAGAAGCAGUGGCACCAGUCCUGUUCCGUCCAGACCAACGUUGUCCCCAUCAAUGUCUCGGGCAGCGCCAACGGCCCUGCGACCACCACACGCCCACCCAUCACCGAGUCCCUGUCCUGCAGCUUCGAGCCCGCAAGCGGGGGGAAGCCAGCCCAGGAGAUAAGCCCCCGCCAGCCGCUCUCUGCCCCACUGAGGAAGACCUUCAGCGACCUCGGGGGGACGCUGCAGGCACGCUGCUGCCCACCCUCCACCCCCAUGGACAACAUGGCCACCCCCGGCACCUGCAACGGGCCUCAGGGCACCCCCUUUCCCUCACCCUGGGGCGCCAGCCCCUUCAGCUACGCUGGCCCCCCCAGCCCCACUGCUGGCCAGGGCACCUCACCGGGCAGCUCCGGCAUGGGCUCACCCGCUGGCACCGACCGGGCGGCCUCCUUCUUCAUCGCCCAGGAGGAGCGUGUGGGGAGCGCCGGGCCCGGAUCCUUCACUGCUGCAGUGCCCGAGUCCCCCCCGGGCUCCGGGGGCCUCCGGAGGUGUGAUGGACGAGAGGCCAGGGUGAACUUCCCGCCGACAAGCAAAGAGGAGCCGGAGCCGGCGUCGGAGCCGGCACGCCUCGGGGUGGAGCGGGCAGGGUGCCGCUUCCGUGAGCGGUCACUGUCGGUGCCCACUGACUCAGGGUCCCUCUGCUCCGUGGACAUCGCCUACGCCGAGACCCGGCGCGGCAGCACCAACUGCGCCCUGGGCUACCCCAGCGCCGGCUCCGAGGGCAGCACCAGCACCGACAACAUCUCUGUGGGGCCGGAGCCGGAUGGCCAGCGGCGGCGGCGCUCCAAGAGCAUCUCCCUCAAGAAGGCCAAGAAGAAGCCCUCGCCGCCCACCCGCAGCGUCUCGCUGAUCAAAGAUGGGCAGGAUGGCCCUGCUGCCCUGGGGCUGCCCAGGGAUCAGAGACCCAAGAGCCUGUGCAUCCCGCUGGACCCCCCCAGCCACCGGCUGGUGCAUGCGGACCCCCAGGGCAGGGAGCCCGAUGGCCCGGCCGCCCCCCACCAGUGGUAUCUGGCAGACUGGAAGACCGGCGAUCCCUACCGGUCCCUCUCCGGCUCAAGCACGGCCACGGGGACCACGGCCGUUGAGUGUGUCAAGGCACGGGGCAGCUCUGAGUCCCUCACGUCCCCCUCCAUCUCCAGAGCCACAACACCCUCCCAGCUCUCGGCAGAGGCUGACCUCAAAACCUCCUCCCCGGGCAGGCCCACGGGGCUGAUGUCCCCGUCCAGCGGGUACUCCAGCCAGUCAGAGACCCCCACCCCUACCGUCCCCACGUCGGCCAUCCUCGGGCACUCCCCACACCAGGUGCGGGUGAGGCCACUAGUCCCUGAGAGGAAGUCUUCACUGCCACCCACAUCCCCCAUGGAGAGGAGCCCCAAGUCCAGGCUAUCCUUUGACCUCCCUCUCACACCACCCGCCCACCUCGACCUCUCGGGGCUGAAGAUCUCCCUGAAGGGGAAGACGAAGGUCAGCCGGCACCACUCCGACUCCACCUUCGGCACCAAGCUGGCCCAGAAGACCAGCCCCAUCCAGCCCAUCAUGCCCGUGGUCACCCAAUCCGACCUGCGCUCCGUCCGCCUGCGCUCCAUCAGCCGCUCCGAGCCUGAGGACAAUGCCGACGGCCUGGAGCAUGCCGAGGAUCCACCACGCGUCCCCUGCCCAGGCCCGGAGAGGAAGGUGAAGCCACCGGUGGCAGAGAAGCCGCCACUGGCCAAGCGGCCCCCCAGCAUCCUGCCCAAGCCCCCAGUCCUGCGGGAGGAGGGCCCCCUGUCCCCUACAUCCCCACCGAGCAUUGCUACCAAGGACGGCUUGGCAGUGCUGCGAAAAGGGGAGCCGAGGAGGGGCCCAGGGGAGCCCCGGCGGCUCUCACAGGGCAGCCUGGAGGAUGAGCCGCGGCCGGAGGGGGAGCGGAGGAAGGCCAAGGUGCCACCGCCGGUGCCCAAGAAACCCAGCGUGCUCUACCUGCCGCUCGCCCCAGCCCCGGUGCAGCAGGGAGGAGGUGCGGGGGAGCCGGCACCCACCCCCAGCCCCAUCAUCACACUGGACACCGAGCCCAGCUGCUGCCACCCUGACACUGAUGACCCAAUGCCCACGGAGGUCCCGGGCACAGCACAAGCUGGCGAGACCCCUUUGGAGCAAGGCAGCUUGUCUGAGGCCGGCACAGAGGAGAAGAGCUUUGCCAGCGACAAGACAGCCGACUCCAUUGCAGAGGAGGACGAUGAUGUCUUUGUGGCAUCCCGUACCACAGAGGAUCUCUUCACCGUCAUCCACAGGUCCAAGAGAAAGGUUCUGGGGCGGAAGGAGCCUGGUGACACCUUUGGCAGCCGGCCCAAUUCCCACUCACCCGUGAAGACGUCGGGCUCACCAACAAGUGAGUCCCCUGCAACAGUGGUCAGCACCGGGAAGUCCUCCAGCAGGAAUGAAGAUUUUAAGGCCCUGCUCCAGAAGAAGAGCAGUAAAACCAGUGCUGGUACCCGGCCAUCUGCAGCUGAACUGCUUAAGACCACAAACCCGCUGGCUCGGAGGGUCAUGACAGAGUUUGCCCCUGAGCUGGAUGGUGCAAACAGCCCCAAAAGCCAGCCCUAACCUUGCACAGACCCUUCUUGGCCACAAAGGGCUCGAGAUGGCUGCGGAGGGAGCCUUGCUGCGAGCGGUAGCUUUAGGCACUCAGGUCUCUGCAGAAGGGGUGUCCUGGCUGUCUCGCUGGGGCUUCUCUCGUGCUCUCAUUUCUUCCUUGGCAAAUCCUCUUUGGUUCCUCUCCGAUGGGAGAGCCACCAUCAGAGAGGCAGUGUUGGGACCUGAGGCCCCCAUGUCCCCAGCGGAGGUAGGCUGCUCGCAGGAGGGAAGAGGCAGGCAUGCAGCACUGCAGCGGGGACUGUACCCUGCUGAGCUGGCCCCGGGACCCGGCACCUCCUGUGGCACUGGGCUGGCAGCUCCUGCUGCUCCUCGGGAACAGAGUGGGACAGCAGCCCCAGGCAUCCUCCAGCACCCACAGCAAAGCUAGCUUGAAACUGUUUGGUCACUCGGCAUGUGGUACUUUAAAUGGCUUUUUCUAAUGCACAAUGGUGAUGAUGUUUUUUUCUCUUUUAUUUGACGUUGUACCUUGAGUUUCCCAGGCAAAGGUCCCGGGUAUGAGUUCAGUUGGAAACACGGAGAUUUACUUUGGGAAGAU